GCGUAUGCCAGUUACUGCCAGGACAGAUUCUAACACUGAUCAGUGAUCACAUUACAAUAUAUUUUGAUCUUCUACCACAAAAAUGAGCAGAAGUUACAAUGAUGAGUUGCAAUAUAUGGAUAAAAUUGGCAAGAACUGUUGGCGUAUCAAAAAGGGCUUUGUCCCGAACAUGCAGGUGGAAGGAGUCUUCUACGUCAACGACCCCCUUGAAAAGUUGAUUUUUGAGGAAUUACGAAAUGCUUGUAAAGGAGGAGGUUUUGGUGGGUUUCUCCCGGCAUUGAAACAAAUUGGGAAUGUUGCAGCUCUACCAGGAAUAGUACAUAGAUCUAUUGGACUUCCUGAUGUCCACUCGGGGUAUGGCUUUGCCAUUGGAAAUAUGGCUGCCUUUGACAUGAGUGAUCCCACUGCUGUGGUCUCCCCAGGGGGUGUGGGUUUCGACAUCAACUGUGGCGUUCGUCUGCUGAGGACCAACCUGGAUGAGGCGGACGUCCAGCCGGUGAAGGAGCAGCUGGCCCAAGCGCUGUUUGACCACAUCCCUGUGGGAGUGGGCUCCAAGGGGGUCAUCCCCAUGAACGCUAAGGACCUUGAGGAGGCCCUGGAGAUGGGGGUGGAUUGGUCCCUGAGGGAGGGCUACGCCUGGGCAGAGGACAAGGAGCACUGUGAGGAGUAUGGCCGAAUGCUCCAGGCUGACCCCAACAAGGUCUCCUCCAAGGCCAAGAAGAGGGGCCUGCCACAGCUGGGAACACUAGGGGCAGGGAACCACUAUGCUGAGAUCCAGGUGGUGGAUGAGAUCUACAACGACUACGCGGCCAAGAAGAUGGGCAUCGAUCACAAGGGCCAGGUGUGCGUGAUGAUCCACAGUGGCAGCAGGGGGCUCGGGCACCAGGUGGCCACAGAUGCCCUUGUUGCCAUGGAGAAGGCGAUGAAGAGGGACAAGAUCAUAGUGAAUGACCGGCAGCUGGCCUGCGCUCGCAUCACAUCGGACGAGGGCCAGGACUACCUGAAGGGCAUGGCCGCCGCAGGGAACUACGCCUGGGUCAACCGCUCCUCCAUGACCUUCCUCACCAGACAGGCCUUCUCCAAGGUCUUCACCACCACGCCAGACGACCUGGACAUGCACGUGAUCUACGACGUGUCCCACAACAUCGCCAAGGUGGAGGAGCACAUGGUGGACGGCAAGCAGAAGACCCUGCUGGUGCACCGCAAGGGCUCCACCCGGGCCUUCCCCCCGCAUCACCCCCUCAUCGCCGUGGACUACCAGCUUACAGGCCAGCCGGUGUUAAUUGGUGGCACGAUGGGCACCUGCAGCUAUGUUUUGACGGGGACAGAGCAGGGCAUGACUGAGACCUUUGGCACCACCUGCCAUGGCGCGGGGCGUGCUCUGUCGCGUGCCAAGUCCCGCAGGAACUUGGACUUCCAGGAUGUGUUGGACAAGCUGGCAGACAAGGGCAUUGCCAUUCGAGUGGCCUCGCCCAAACUAGUCAUGGAGGAGGCUCCUGAAUCAUACAAGAAUGUGACAGAUGUUGUCAACACAUGCCACGAUGCUGGAAUAAGCAAGAAGGCUAUUAAACUACGACCAAUCGCCGUAAUCAAGGGGUAACACUCUUUGGCUCAGCUAGAGACUAUGGGCACUUUGAACUAGAAGGUUCAUGAGCGACUCUAAAGGAAGUGAGCUGACCAUCGAGCAGUGGGGCCUGACAUUUGUCUGUAAAUGAAGGAACACGAAUGGUUUGACUUACAAGCAAGCCUUCCAAAGCUUUACGAAUAUGAUUUUGUACAGUUCUCAAACUGUCAAGGAUAAGAGGAGACUUCCUACUUUAAUUUCUUAACCAAACGGGAGAACUUUUUGUUCUUAUUUGUGCCAACUGCUGUGGCCUAUAAUGAGGGCUUUGACUGUCAGAUAAUAAAGGAUAGAAGAGAACAGACUAACUGCAUCAACUGAUUACUGUUGAUUUUCUCGUGCAUGUUCAGCUGUCCCUAACCCAAUGGGCUUUACAAAUAUGACAUCUUGUGCUACAUGUAGCAUUGAAAACGAGCAGCUUUCGUCUCAAUAAUAGGGAUGUGGAUGGCAACUAAAUUGAUAAUAAACCAUGUUACUGUUAGAACACAAACAUUUAUUUCUGCAAAUGAUUGUGCAAGGAUAAUGAAGACUGCAUAUUAGUAAACACUUGCUGGUACUAACAGAUGUGAAGGUUCAUGUCGGUAUCAAAAAAUAAACCCUACAUUCUCACACAGACAUUUCAAUCCAUAAUGAACAAAUUACCUCAUAUUUGGCAUAGAUGCAAUUAACAUGGUUUUCCCAUAAUCCACUAAUAAAACCAUUUUGGAAACUGCAGUUUGAAAUGAUUUCUUACUCUGCAUUGGCAACCCAUACAGCAUCUGAUGUCUUAGGAUUCACAUUAAAGACUUCUUAAAAGUCACCUUUUAUUAAAAAUAUUUGUUGAAAUGUUUCACAGACCUUUUCCAGGUAAACCAGAGCCACAAUUAAAGUUUCAAAUUGUAAUUCAUGGCAAAGAACAGCGACGGCAUGGAUGACACCCCAAAUUGUGGUGGAAGUCAAAUAAAUCGGUAUUAUCAUCUUAGAGCAGCACCCAACUAAAUGAUUGGUGGUUGGUAAAAUAUUACCAGUGUCCCAGGCACAGUCGGACAGUUUACACUCACUAAAUAGGUUGCCUGUGUCUGCCUAAACAAAACAAAAUGUGGUGAUUCGAGUGCUGACGUAGCCAAGACACUUCACUGAUGGAUCGAAUAAAUGAAAUUAAAAGGGUUCAGAAUAUGCCAUUAUGAGACAUUAAAAGUACAACUCAAUUAUGUUGAAUGGUUCAAAAAAUGUCUUACUGAAAUUAGUACAACUCUGAGGGGAACAUUUGAUAUUUGGGUAGAUGCAGAUGGGGUGGGUUUGCGUACUCAAAACUGCGACUGAAAAUGCUAUUCACACCUGGGGAGCAGUUGGGCAGGUAAACUUCACAGUAUUGCAGGCAAUCAACAUUGCAUAAUCGUGUUCUGUCUUCCGAGGCCUGAAUAAUCAUCCGAUUCUUCAAUAUAAAAUGCAUUUAGAUUCCGAAUGUUUCGUUCUGAACACGAGCAACAUUUAUUUUGGAUUGCUGUACAUAAAAGGUCCAGAUUCACUAACCGUUUGCACAAGUUUUCAGAUGGGAAUACAAUAAUAAAAAAUAAAAAAAAGCCUAAACCUAGAAACUCUAUUUACACUUGAACAUCAUCUUAUCUUAAGGUCAUUAUUUACAUUUUGUUCCACCGUUUCUCUUCCAUUUCCUUCUGAAAGUAACAGUUGAAACACCGGUGCAAACGCUUAGGAAAACUGUCAGUGGCAUCCAGUUUAGGGAACAUUACACGUGACUGUAGUGGAUCACUACAUAAACUUCAUGACUGUACAGGUGAGAUGCAGUUCUAACACACAAGCAUGUUCUAAAUUAUGUCCAAGGACAGUAACGUUGAGAAUAUCAGGAAAAACGAUAUGUGAAUGCCGUUAUACCCAAGACAUGCAAACACUGGGGGGGUAGAGGUAUGUGGUAAACCUGGAAGGCAGAUGCACAAUGAACCAGGACCAUAAGCACUUCAAUUCUCCUGUAAGUCACUUCAAACUGCAAAAAAAGGUUAAAUAAAUCCAUUCCACAACAUAAGUCAAUGCCACCAUUCAACAGAAUUGUCACAAUCCAGCCCUUAUUUUUCCACAAAUAUUCCUGUCAAAUUCCUGUCAAAAUCAUGUUUCAUCAAAAAAGCUAUGCCUCUCAACUCCUAUAAAGUCACUUGUUCAGGUCCUUUUUAGUUCAUUACCAAAACAUGUUUAGGUAGAGUAGGCAGCAAACGUUCAUUUUACCAUUUGAAGACCAUUCUUGAAUUUUCCCCACUAUAUUCUAUAGUUUACUUCCUGUCUUUUGAGUGGUUACACCAAUCACAAACCUUGUUUGCCCAACCAGGACUCCAAUCCCCCAUGGACAGCACGUCCUUGAUUUGUCCAUGGUCAGUGGAGGGGUGUGGCCAACCAACAUGGAGUGACAGCCCCCUCCAUCUUGUUUUUCUGCUUCAUUUCCCCCACUUACA